AUGAACUGCUUUUGUAAUCUUUUUCACACCAAGAAGAAAAAAGAGGUGAGUGAAUUUGGAAGAAUUGGCAAAUCGGGCCUAUUGAAUCAAGCCAACCCGAUUAGAUCUCCAACAUGCUUUGUUCUUUAUUAUGAAGCCGACAAUCUUACAUGUUAGAAUUCUCGGGAAACAAUAUAAUUCGAACCCGAAAAAUUCGACAAUUUCAAAAAAGGUUUCAAUUUUUCAACUCUGAUUCAACAUAAUUUAAAAAAAAACACAGAAUGUUGCCUCGAACUUUUUUUUCUAAUUUUCAGGAAGAUGACGGACACGUUGUUAAUACAAUAAAUCUGUUCAGAAAGAUCGAUACAAAUGGUGACGGACUCAUCCAAAUGGUAAUUCAUGAAUGAAAUUUCAUCAUAAUUCUCUUUUUCAUUUUUCCAGGAAGAAUUUAGAGCAGCGAAUCCAAAUUUAACCGAAGAAGAUAUUAACUACAAGUUCCGAGUGGCUGAUAAAAAUAAUGAUGGGGUUAUUGAUUUUACUGGUCAGUAUUUGGGUAAAACCUGUUUGGAAAAAAAUCCACUAAAGACCUUGAUAUUUUGUAGAAUACUUAGAGAAAAUGCCUAAGCUUGAACUAAAAAAAAUAUUCGACAAAAUGGACGCUAAUGGAGAUGGCUAUAUUUCACUAUCUCAAUAUCAAGCCGAUUGCCAAAGGAAACAUCCCGAUGAUGGAUACGUUCAAGGUCUUUUUAAAGGUGUUGGUAAUAAAGAUGGACUAAUCAAUUUUGAUGGUUGGUUAAAUUAUUUUUCAAUUAUUUUUUAUUUUUUAAGUUUUCUUUCCAUUUGUAUAUACAUAGAUUUUUGGAAUUUCCUUUUCAAACCCUUCUUAACUUUAACAUUAACCUUAUUUUUUACAGAGUUCUGUAAGAUGCACGAAAAAAAGAAGAAGAAAAAGCUGUUCUGUCCGGUGUUUCUAUAA